AUGUCUGUGUGUGUGUUAUAAUGUCUGUAUGUGUGUUAUAAUGUCUGUGUGUGUGUUAUAAUGUCUGUGUGUGUGUUAUAAUGUCUGUAUGUGUGUUAUAAUGUCUGUAUGUGUGUUAUAAUGUCUGUGUGUGUGUUAUAAUGUCUGUGUGUGUGUUAUAAUGUAUGUAUGUGUGUUAUAAUGUCUGUAUGUGUGUUAUAAUGUCUGUGUGUGUGUUAUAAUGUCUGUAUGUGUGUUAUAAUGUCUGUGUGUGUGUUAUAAUGUAUGUAUGUGUGUUAUAAUGUCUGUAUGUGUGUUAUAAUGUCUGUGUGUGUGUUAUAAUGUCUGUAUGUGUGUUAUAAUGUCUGUAUGUGUGUUAUAAUGUCUGUGUGUGUGUUAUAAUGUCUGUAUGUGUGUUAUAAUGUCUGUGUGUGUGUGUUAUAAUGUCUGUGUGUGUGUUAUAAUGUAUGUGUGUGUGUUAUAAUGCCUGUGUGUGUUAUGUCUGUAUGUGUGUUAUAAUGUAUGUGUUCGUGUUAUAAUGUCUGUGUGUGUGUUAUAAUGUCUGUAUGUGUGUUAUAAUGUGUGUGUAUGUCUGUAUGUGUGUGUGUGUUGUAAUGUCUGUAUGUGUGUUAUAAUGUCUGCGUGUGUGUUAUAAUGUCUGUGUGUGUAUGUGUGUGUUGCAGCGGCCCUGACACUCCAGAGACCAUUGAGCUGGAAAUCAAGGUCAACAGCAACUCCAAAGAGGGCCUGAUCCUGUGGCAGGGAGUGGAGUCAGUUAAUGGCGCUAGCCAUUUCCGCAAGAUGCAUGCUAGUAAAAAGGUAUCCACCUCACCAAAACACCUGGAACUUGGAGAUCAAGGCAAGGGCAAGGACUUUAUCAGUCUUGGUCUGCAAAACGGACACUUUGUCUUCAGCUACCAGCUGGGCAGUGGUGAGUCUCAGAUCAGUCCAGAGAGCCCAUCAACGAUGGCAGAUGGCACAAAGGUCACUGCUGUGAG